AUGUCGAAUUGGCUUGUUGGAUUCAUGCUACCGCAACAAAAAAAGAGCUCAAGGAACAUUACGAACGGGCACUCAUAUAAAUUACCUGCAGAUGAAACAUGUAUUGUUCAUUUCACCUGUGAAGAAAACACCAUUUCGGAACCUUUCUGGCCAACUAAGCCUCAACUGCAGAAGGGCCUUCGAGUCGUAUACAUUUGGCAUGACCUCGACUUUAGUAUGAUUGCGUGUUGGUGGGAUACGAAUAAUGAUACGAGGCAUGUUACUGAAGUUGAGGAAUUUGUGGUUCGCAAUAAUCGGGUGACAUAG